AUGGCAGGUCAGAAGUUUGAGUAUGAUGAAAAGGGUUCCACAUUCCUGUAUUUUCUGCUGUCCUUUUUGGGCCUUUGUCUUCUCCCUGCAACUUAUUAUUUAUGGCCAACAAGUUCACGAGAUGAAGAACCAGAACGCUUUAAAAAGUCUUGCUCCUGUGAAAAUUGUCAAGUGAAGAAGUCUCGUCUAAAGAGGAAAGAUCCUUGGAAGAAGACUAAAGAUCGCAUGCAGAAACUUCUUCUUAUAUCUGGAUGGGCUUUCUUGGCAUUUCUUGCCUACAAAGUCAGCCAGUUUGACUAUGAGUAUGCUAACUUUGAUCCCUAUGAGAUACUUGGAGUUGAUCUAGGUGCGUCAAAUCGGGAGAUCAAGCGUGCAUAUCACAAGCAGUCAUUGAAGUUUCAUCCAGACAAAGAAACAGGUGAUGAAAAAAUAUUUAUGAAGUUGACUAAGGCAUAUGAGGCCCUAACUGAUGAGACUGCAAAACGCAAUUGGGAAUUGUAUGGCAAUCCAGAUGGGCCAGGAGCUAUGACUUUUGGGAUUGCUCUCCCUUCAUGGAUUGUGGAAAAGGAGAAUUCCAUAUGGGUUCUUGGCUUGUACACAUUGGUUUUCAUGUUUGGUCUUCCCAUCAUUGUGGGCACUUGGUGGUAUCGCUCAAUCCAGUACUCCAGUGAAUCAGUACUCUUGGACACUACACAACUUUAUUAUUACUUCUUCCACAAGACCCCCAGCAUGAACUUGCACAGAGUGCUGAUGGUGCUAGCUGCUUCCAUGGAGUUUGAACCUAAUCAUAACAAAGACAUCAAGCCGCGUCCAUCUGAUAAUGAAGAAGUUCCUGGUCUAAUAAAGCAGUUCACAAACUUGGGAGAGAAGAAUAAGGAGAGACCUCUGUGCUUCGGCUAUUCUGUGAAAGCAAGAGCACUAUUACAUGCUCAUCUUUCACGUCUUUCUCUGCCUCAAAAAACUUUGGAUAUUGACAGGGCAUAUAUUGUGAAGAAGUGCCCUGAUCUCAUUCAGGAGAUGGUGGUGUGUGUGUCACAGCUGAUGAUGCUUGCCCAUGCUGGCAGACUACCUAUGUCCCGACUGCCCAGCUUGGAAACCAUUGAGAAUGUGAUGAAACUCAGUCCAAUGAUUGUCCAAGGCCUUUGGAAUAACAAGAGCCCAUUGCUCCAAUUGCCUCAUAUCUCUGAUGACUUCAAACAUUUUGUCACUCGCAAGAAGGUUAUCAAAACCAUAAAGCAAUUUGCUCAGCUUCCACCUGCUGAGCGACGGAGCAUUCUUCGAUCUCUGUCUCCAGAAGAGUAUUCCAAUGUUAUGGCUGUGAUUUCUCAAAUGCCACUCAUUGAAAUGGAUGUUCGUUCAGAAGUGUUAGAUGAUGAGGAAACAGGAAAGAUCACAGCCUCAGCUAUUGUGACUGUGACUGUGAAACUGACCAGGCGCAGCAUGGAAGAUCUCAUUACAGAAUCUGACAGCAAUGAGCAAUCUCACUCUGCUGGCACAGCAAUAGCAACUAAGGAUAAUGGGAAGGAAGAUGAAACCCAAUCUGAUAUUGAGAAGUCCAAGAAACCAGCAUGGGUGAAAGGAGGAGGAAAGAAAAAAGGCAAGAAUGCAAAGAAAGGGUCAAAAAAGGCAGGCCAACAACAGCCACAAAGCAAAAAGAAAAAUCCCCCCAAGGCUGCAGGAAAAGGGAAUACUUCAUCAUUGCAACCUGUAGGCACUGGUGAUCAUUCCAGUUCACUGCAAGAGCAUAAGAAAGAGGAAUCAGAGGAAGAAAGCUCUGGUUCUCAUGACACAGACUCUGGUUCUGAUGAUGAUGAUGAUCAGCAUGGGACUGACACCAGAGGAACACAGGGAUCAACUGCAGAGGUGGAUGAUGAAGAUGAAGAAGCUGAAUGGGAAAAGUUUCAAAAUCGAAUUGCAAAGAAACAGAAGAUGAAGUUGCUGGAGGGAAAAACUCGCAUUUCUCAUCCAGUUCACUGUCCAUUCUUUCCAGAAGAGAAGCAAGAGUUCUGGUGGCUGUAUAUCAGUGAUAGGAAGAAUCGUUCAUUGAUAACAUCUCCAUAUCAUGUGACAACUCUGAUGGACCAGGAGGAGAUUCCACUUAAAUUCUCUGCUCCUUCAAAGCCAGGAAUCUAUAAUUACAACUUGGUUUUACGUUCUGAUUCCUACCUUGAUUGUGACAUGUUUCAUAGUAUAAAGCUGGAUGUCAAGGAAGCAGUGGAGAUUCCCACUGAACAUCCUCAAUGGGACUUGAGUGAAGAAGAAGAUGAGGAAGAGAAUGAAGGUUCAGCAAUAUCUGAUUACACAACAGAUGAUGAUAUUGAUCUGUCUGAAGAUUCUGAUUGA